UAUAUAUAGACAGACAGGCAGGAAGACGAGCAUGAAGACGCAGUACAACCGAAUGGGUUCCAUGGCGAGGCUCAUCCUCUUGCUGACACCCCUGGUUCUCCUGCUCUCACGCGCGACUCACGUGAGGUCAUGGAGCCCAUGCCCACCCUGCGGCAACACGACGGUGCCGUUCCCCCUGAGCACCACCCCCUCGUGCGGCGACCCCUCCUACAAAAUAAGGUGCAGCAGCAGCAGCAGCAACAGCCUCCUCUUCGACACGCUCAACAACUCCUACCCCAUCCUCUCCAUCAACGCCAAAGCCCAACGCCUCGUCAUCCAGCCCGCACCCUUCCUCUCCAACACCUGCGUCACCACCGACAAAGCCCACCAGGGGAUCCAGCUCAACAACACCCUCCCCUUCAACAUCACCAGCUCCAACACCAUCGUCUACCUCAACUGCACCACCUCGCUCCUCCAGUCCCCCCUCAACUGCUCCGCCGCCAGCGCCUGCCACCGCUACAUCAACGCCACCGCCUCCGCCUCCGCCUGCUCCCACGCCCCCCUCUGCUGCACCUACCGCACCGGCGGCUCUAGCAACUCCUACGGGAUUCGCGUGAGGGACUCUGGCUGUAGUGCUUACUCUAGUUUUGUUAACCUGGACUCGGGUCUUCCCGUCAACCGCUGGCCCCAACCGGGCUUGGAGAUUCAGUGGUUGUCGCCCAGGGAAACUGUGUGUGGGUCCCAGGGGGAUUGUGACUCUGCCACCUCCACUUGUGGGCCCGAUGCUUCUUCCGGAAGUGGGAUCAAGAGGUGCUUCUGUAACCAUGGGCUCGUCUGGGACCCUAUUCAGGGGCUCUGUGCUAAAAAGAUUACUUGCCAGAAUCCCGAUGGUUGUGACCACUCAACCAACACAACCGCCAUAAUAGCAGGUUCAGUAUGCGGGGUUGGAGCUGCAGUUAUCCUGGCGACGAUCGCCAUUCUCCUCUACAAACGGCAGAAGCGCAUGAAAGAAGCACAAGCACGGUUAGCCAAGGAGCGCGAAGGAAUUCUGAACGCCAGUGGCGGUGGCAGAGCCGCCAAACUUUUCAGCGGCAGAGAUAUAAAGAAAGCCACUAACGACUUCUCCAGCGACAGGCUUCUCGGCGUCGGAGGCUACGGCGAAGUCUACAAGGGCACUCUCCAAGACGGCACUGUCGUGGCCGUCAAAUGCGCCAAGCUUGGCAACCCCAAAGGCACCGACCAAGUCCUCAACGAGGUUCGCAUAUUGUGCCAAGUCAACCACCGCAACCUCGUUGGUCUACUUGGUUGCUGUGUCGAACUAGAGCAACCUAUUUUGGUCUAUGAGUUUAUAGAAAAUGGUACCCUUCUUGAUCAUUUGCAAGAUCAAAUGUCAAAGGGACGUGCUUUUCUCACUUGGACUCAUCGCCUUCAAAUUGCACGUCACACUGCUGAGGCUCUUGCUUACCUUCACUUCAUGGCUGUGCCUCCUAUCUACCACAGAGAUGUCAAGUCCAGCAACAUUCUCCUUGACAACAAGAUGAGUGCCAAGGUUUCCGAUUUUGGCUUGUCUAGGUUGGCUCAAACGGAUAUGAGUCAUAUCUCUACUUGUGCUCAGGGCACCCUUGGUUACCUUGACCCUGAGUAUUAUAGGAACUAUCAGUUGACUGAUAAGAGUGAUGUUUAUAGUUUUGGGGUGGUGCUGCUUGAGCUUUUGACGGCUCAGAAGGCUAUAGAUUUUCAUAGGGCACCGGAUGAUGUCAACUUGGCGGUUUAUGUGCAUAGAAUUGUGGCCGAGGAGAAGUUGAUGGAUAUUAUUGAUCCAAUGUUGAAGAAUGGAGCUACCACUAUUGAGUUAGAAACUAUGAAGGCCGUGGCUUUUCUGGCUUUGGGGUGCUUGGAGGAGAGGAGACAGAACCGGCCUUCCAUGAAAGAGGUAGCAGAGGAGAUUGAGUAUAUCAUUAGUAUUGCCUCUGCAAAGGUAGUGGAGAAGUAGUUUAGUUUCUUUUCAUGUUGGUGAAGUUUUGGAGUUGUAUCAUGUUGUUUUUGGAUUUUUUUAGUUGUGAACUUGUGUUUGUGUUUGUAGUUGCUAGGCUAUGUUUGGAAUUCUCUUGUUUUGCACUUGUAUAUGUAUAUGUAAUUAUGUAAAUGUAUUGUUACCUUUGCUGAAUGAAAAGAAGUUCUGCUGUGAAACACAAUAUGUAACAGUUGUUUUG